UGAAACUGAACCCGGGCGCUCCCUCUGAGCCUGACGGGAGUUGUAGUUGGGGGGAGUCCCGGGAGGGUUCUGGGUGACGCCUUCUGGUCCGGGCGGGCGGUCAUAGAGCUCUUUGGCUGAAAGCAAAAGGAGCAGGCAGCCGGGAGGAGGCUCUAGCGCGGCCUGGAAGGCCUGUGUAACUAGGCAGGGGAGGGCAUUCGGGGUUAGGGGGCGGCCAAGAAGCGCAUCUGACAUGCUGCUGGGGUCGUGACCGCUCGGGGACCGAGGAAGGACCUGGCCAUAUCCAGCCUGGAGGCCUCGCCUUCGUCGGGCCUCAUCUUUAGCGGCGGCGUAGGCCUUGCUAAAGGCUCCUUUUCGUGCGGCUACCCCGGAUUCCUCCCCUGAUUUUCUGUCGGAGAGAUGGCCUCCCCGAGCCCCCCGACAGAGCCGAAGGGGUUGCUGACAUUUGAGGAUGUGGCUGUGUUUUUUACCCAGGAGGAGUGGGAUUAUCUGGAUCCAGCUCAGAGAAGCCUGUAUAAAGAUGUCAUGAUGGAGAAUUAUGGAAACCUGGUCUCACUGGAUGUUUUGAACAGAGAUAAGGAUGAAGCACCAACUGUGAAACAAGAAAUUGAGGAAAUUGAGGAAGAAGUGGAACCCCAGAGUGUAAUAGUUACAAGAAUCAAAAGUGAAAUUGACCAGGAUCCUAUAGGUAGAGAGACCUUUGAACUUGUUGGUAGGUUAGAUAAACAGAGAGGAAUCUUCUUGUGGGAAAUACCACGGGAGUCUUUGACCCAGGAACAGAGAAUGUUCAGAGGAAACACUAACAUUAUCCGUAAGAGACCAAACUCAGAAGAGAAAUGCCAUAAAUGUGAAGAAUGUGGAAAGGGUUUUGUCCGCAAGGCUCACUUCAUUCAACAUCAAAGGGUCCAUACUGGAGAGAAACCUUUUCAGUGUAAUGAAUGUGGGAAAAGUUUUAGUCGAAGUUCAUUUGUUAUUGAACAUCAGAGAAUUCACACUGGGGAAAGGCCCUAUGAGUGUAAUUACUGUGGAAAAACCUUUAGUGUGAGCUCAACCCUUAUUAGACAUCAGAGAAUCCACACUGGAGAGAGACCCUAUCAAUGUAAUCAGUGUAAACAGAGUUUCAGCCAGAGAAGGAGCCUUGUUAAACAUCAAAGGAUUCACACAGGUGAGAAACCCCAUAAAUGCAGUGACUGUGGGAAAGCCUUCAGUUGGAAGUCACAUCUGAUUGAACAUCAGAGAACUCACACUGGUGAGAAACCCUAUCACUGUACCAAAUGUAAGAAAAGCUUUAGUCGAAAUUCAUUACUUGUUGAACAUCAGAGAAUUCACACAGGGGAAAGACCCCAUAAGUGUGGUGAAUGUGGGAAAGCCUUUAGAUUAAGUACAUACCUUAUCCAACACCAAAAAAUCCACACUGGUGAGAAGCCUUUUCUUUGUAUUGAAUGUGGAAAAAGCUUCAGUCGGAGCUCAUUCCUUAUUGAACAUCAGAGGAUCCAUACAGGUGAAAGACCUUAUCAGUGCAAAGAGUGUGGGAAAAGCUUCAGUCAACUUUGCAACCUUACUCGUCAUCAGAGAAUUCACACGGGGGACAAACCACAUAAAUGUGAGGAAUGUGGAAAAGCCUUUAGUAGAAGCUCAGGUCUUAUUCAGCAUCAGAGAAUCCACACCAGAGAAAAGACUUAUUCAUACAAUGAACCUAAUGAAAGUUUUGAUCCAAAUUGCAGUCUUGUUAUACAGCAGGAAGUCUACCCUAAGGAAAAAUCUUAUAAAUGUGAUGAAUGUGGGAAAACUUUUAGUGUCAGUGCUCAUCUUGUACAGCAUCAGAGAAUCCACACUGGUGAAAAGCCCUACCUAUGUACUGUAUGUGGGAAAAGCUUCAGUCGGAGUUCAUUUCUUAUUGAACACCAGAGAAUCCACACUGGUGAGAGACCCUAUCUGUGCAGACAAUGUGGCAAAAGUUUUAGUCAGCUUUGUAAUCUUAUUCGACAUCAGGGUGUUCACACAGGUAAUAAACCCCAUAAAUGUGAUGAAUGUGGGAAGGCCUUUAGCCGGAACUCAGGCCUUAUUCAGCAUCAGAGAAUACACACAGGAGAAAAACCUUAUAAGUGUGAGAAGUGCGACAAAAGUUUUAGUCAACAGCGCAGCCUUGUCAACCAUCAGAAGAUCCAUGCCGAGGUGAAAAUCCAAGAAACCCAUGAAUGUGAUGCUUGUGGCGAAGCCUUCAAUUGCCGAAUAUCUCUUAUUCAGCAUCAAAAAUUGCACACUACGUGGAUGCAGUAAAUGUAGAGAGAUACUUAAGUUCAGUUUGACUUGAGACUGGCUACCCAAGUGCAGUUUCACUAUGGCUCAGUGUUGAGUCAGAUUUAGUGAUAAAGCAGAUUUUAUUUGGCCUCAGGCACAUGGUUUCUGAAGAUUCUCUGAAUGACAGGCAGCUGCCCACAGGUAGUUGAAGACUUCCAUUACUCUUUAUUUUGAUAAAUCAUAGAGAAAGACUCAGUAAUUUAAGCAUCUUUCUUUAAUAAAUCUUUCAGCAGAGAGAAACCCAGGUUCAGAGCACUUAGUUAUAAUUAAUAAAAGGAGAAGAACAAAGUUGCGUUGCUGCAGGGGAGCUGGAAGCAGCUGAUGUUAGAAAACUAGAAUAAUAAUUCAGAGACCUCUGGCACCAUGAUAAUAUAGUGGUUUUUUUCAGUUCCACAAUGUUUGGCUAUGCAUGGCCAAAGUUCAGUAAUUAAGCAUAUGAUUACAGAGGAAACAAAGCCCCCAUUUUUCUUUUUAAACUGGCAUCCAAAGUUUUUGUCAUUGUUUAAGCCAGUUGUUUGGCAUGUGGGUUAAAGGCAGUUUCAAUGCCAUGUGGUUCUCAGAUCCCUGAAAUUAAUGGACCAUUAAUUUUACAUGUAAAGUAAAUAUAAAAUGUAAUUAACAAACCUAACAAAGGUGUUACCAAGGAACCUUUGGGAGUGCCUUUUUUUGUUGUUGUUUUCAAGAUGGGCCCAAAAAGGUGGAGAAAGACACUAUUCUUUUUGUGACCUCCCAUAUGUGAAAGAAAUUUGUAGUCCUAGACAGAUAAUUUUAUUCCUGCACUAUUAGUAAGUAGCAUGUGAAGGUGUAAAUAUUUUGAUUACCAGGGGUUGGAAAUAAAAAGACCUGGAGUCUAAGCUAGGAAACUGACAUAUUUUGGUAUUGCUUUGGUUUUUAUGGUAACUAGACUUUGCAUGCAAUUUUAAAAUCCUUAUUUCUGGUUCUAGGGCUUCCCUUAGUUAAUGGUUAUUAUAAACCUGUCAAUUCAUUUGUUCUAAUCAUUAAAACUUUUUUUUUUUGCUUUG